UACAAACAAAAUAUUAGCAGCACAUAUAAAAUUCUUUAAGACCAUCACUGUGAAUUCAGGCGCAGAGAGAAUGUGAUUUAGGGAUGAAUUCGUCGGCGGUUCGAAGCUCACAGCACGCAGGUGACGAUCUUUGCCACACAAAUUGGCUUUGCUCAGCAUUUCUUAGGUUCGCUGUUUGCAAAUGACAAUCCAGCUUCACGGGAUUUGAGGAGGUAAAGACAGCUGAAAGAUUAAGGAAGGAAGGAUUCGAUUUUAUGUGCAAUAAUUGCGUUGCACUGACACUGCCCCUGCUGCUGUGCUCUUAAAUGUGUACAAAUAAAUUGGAGUCACGGAAAAAAUAUUUAUUAAUCGACGUUUAGACAAGCAGCCGGACUACUGUUAUUCAGAUCGGUAUCCUCGUCAAGUUUUCUUAGCAGGUAAGUGGUUGGGGAAGAGCAAAGGAUAACAGAAAUUCAAAUCAGUUGAAUGGUUCGUGACUGCAGAAAUCAAGUUUUCUCAUGACAUGUAAUGGCUUCUCAGAUAGAAACUUCCAACCUCUCGGCAAACAUAUGUGCGAGCAUAAAAUAUGACAUCUGAAUGCAUUUCAUCCCUUUCCAGAUUUGAUGUCUGCUUGCAUUUUUGGCCUCAAAAGUGCAGCCUGUAUGUUGCAUAAGCUUAAAAUAAUGUUUGGGGGCUUGACAGGAAAACCAUUACCUUGCUUAUGCAUUCUUGCCUUCUUAAUACUGUCCCUUUUCAUCACAGCCCUUGACCUGAGAGGAUACUUUUCUUCAGAGCCUUCCAUUUUUCCCCACUCUUCUCUUAUUAAACAGUACACACCUCCCAAAAAUAGGAUUUCUAAUGCAGAAAAAUGUGACUUGCCACUGAAGGUUUACAUGUACGAAUGGCCCCGCAGAUUCAACCUUGGAAUGCUGAAGAAGAAUUCUUCUGACCCACAGUUACCAUGGACAAGCUCUAAAAUGCCCCCUUGGCCUCAUAGGUCUGGCCUUAAAAAACAGCAUAGUGUUGAGUAUUGGAUGACGGUGUAUCUUUUAGGUCAGUACAUCGGUAAUGAGAGAGAAAGAGCAGCAAUUAGGGUGAAGGAUCCUGAUCAGGCUGAUGUCCACUUUGUCCCAUUCUUUGCUUCACUUAGCUUCAAUUCUCAUGGGCAGACCAUGAGAGAUCCAGAAACAGAGAUUGACAAGCAAAUGCAGAUUGAAGUGGUAGAUAUGCUAAAGAGAUCAAAGUCAUGGCAGCAAUCUGGAGGUCGUAAUCAUGUAAUUGUCUUACACCACCCAAAUGCAUUCCGAUUUUUAAGGGAUGAGGUCAAUUCAUCUAUUUUUAUAGUAGCAGAUUUUGGGCGGUAUCCAAGAAGUGUUUCAUUUCUUCGAAAAGAUGUUGUGGCUCCAUAUGUCCAUGUUGUAGAAACAUAUAGGAACGAUAAUUCUUUGGAUCCAUUCGAGUCACGUCAAAUGCUUCUUUUCUUUCGAGGAAGGGUUAGACGAAAAGAUGAAGGAGUUGUGCGCUUGAAGCUAGCAAAGAUUUUGGGCAAUCAUAAACGUGUUAUUAUUGAAGAUAGUGUAGCAUCAACCGAAGGAUUUGAAGCGACUAAGAAAGGUAUGCGGUCGUCACGCUUCUGUUUGCACCCGGCAGGUGAUACUCCUUCAUCAUGUCGCCUGUUCGAUGCUAUUGUAAGCCACUGUGUUCCUGUUAUUGUAAGUGAUCGAAUUGAACUUCCAUAUGAAGAUGAAAUUGAUUACCAGGAGUUUGCCCUAUUCUUUUCGGUAAAAGAAGCACUGAAGCCUGGAUAUUUAAUAGAACAGCUUGAAAAUUUUCCAAAGGAAAGAUGGUUAAAGAUGUGGAACAAGUUGAAGCAGGUUGAGCACCAUUUUGAGUAUCAGUAUCCACCUAAAAAAGAUGAUGCUGUAAAUAUGCUGUGGAAACAGAUACAUCGCAAGCUUCCUUCUGUUAACUUGGCAAUACAUCGAACCAAAAGGUUGAAAAUUCCAGACUGGUGGAGAAAAUUAUGAACUUGUUGACAUGGUAUUGCAGGUUGUAAUGUUAACAAAAUAUCAUGUUUGUCAUCUUGGUUGGAUUGUUAGAAUCCCAUCUGAAGAACAAGUACUCAAUGAGAUCAUUUUUCAUUUUGCUUUGUUCUCCUUCUAUAGCCAUUCAUUAGAGCAGAUAGCUGUGGACGUUGGUCAAAAGCUGCAUUCAUAGAUGAAGGACAAAGUGAAAUGAAAAUGAAAAUUGUUUUUUAUUUGAGUAAACCUAUUCAGGUGAGUGGAUAUAUUAUAUGCCACCUGAUCGGCAUCUAACAUUUUUAACUGGAGUACUGGAGUUUGGAGCAGAGUGAUGAGGCAAUUGUAAGAUUUUAGAUUUUGAGCUUGACAUGAUACUGUAAAAUAUCCUAUUUUCUUUUGGAUUCAACCAUUUCCAACAUGAAAAAUAGCUCUACUGCUUUAGAUUUGUACAUUCUAGGCUGCUUCUGUUUUGAUAAUCAAUCAGGACUGAUGGUUUGGCCAAUAUAUGGCAGUGAUUUCUGAGUAUCUUGAGAAGAAUAUUGGUGUGCAAUAAAAUGCAAACUUCCUGUA